AGUAACGUAAAGCAGAAGGCGGUCAGAUGAGUCAAAGGACAUUACUCAGAGAAGUUUAGGAGAUUAUUUUAACGUUUGAUCAGUUUCAGCUGCAGAAAUUAACUUUAAUUGUAGUUUUCUUCGCUGAAGUUGGAUUAAAAGCUUAAAGCGGGAAACAGACGGAGGCGUCGGUCGGUUCAAAGCGGAAUAACAAGUUUUAAAAUCGACCACAAAGGAAUUUAACCGACGACACGAUGGAUUUUAUCAGCUGCAACUGAAAGUAUUCACAAAAUGUUUGAGAAAAGAGUCGCAGAGUUUGAAGUGGAGGAGGUCAGAGGGAAGAACGUGAAGGAACCGUUCUGCAGUCAGUAUCGCUGUGGUCCUCUGCUCGGCAGCGGUGGUUUUGGUUCAGUGUUUUCAGGCCAGAGGCUCUCAGAUGGACUGCAGGUUGCCAUCAAACAGAUUUCCAGUGACAGAGUUCAGCAGUGGGCCAGACUGCCCGGCGAGGUCGGCCCUGUUCCCAUGGAGAUCGCUCUGCUGCAGAGGCUGUCAGACGUCGGAGGUCACGGGGGCGCCAUCCGCAUGCUGGACUGGUUCGAGGUGGAGGGGCGGGGCUUCCUGCUGGUUCUGGAGCGACCGCCUCAGUGUCAGGACCUGUUUGACUUCAUCACAGAGAGAGGAGCGCUGCCCGAACGCCUCGCCCUCAGGUUCUUCCGUCAGAUUGUGGAGGCGCUGCGGUUCCUUCACGCCCACGGCGUCGUGCAUCGAGACAUCAAGGACGAGAACAUCGUGGUCGACACGAGGACGCUGGACGUCAAGAUUAUCGACUUCGGGUCAGGAGCUCCGCUUAAAGAGACGCCGUACAGCGAGUUCGAAGGUACUCGAGUCUACAGUCCUCCUGAGUGGAUCCUGUCUCAGUCCUAUGAUGCCGUCCCUCUCACCGUCUGGUCUCUGGGCGUCCUGCUCUUUGACAUGGUGUGCGGCGACAUCCCGUUCGAACGCGACCAGGAGAUCGUCAGGGCCACGCCCAUUUUCACCAGAAGGGUCUCUAAAGAAUGCCAGUCUCUGAUUCGCUGGUGCCUGUCCUACCGUCCAGAGGAGCGUCCAACUCUGGAGGAGAUCCUGUCUCACGCCUGGAUGGAGGGAGGAGACAGGGAGGAAGAGGAGGAGGAGGAGAGAGGAGACCUGCAGGAGGACUGCAGCUCUCUGCCCAGCCAGUCUCUGUGACUGCACAACCUGAACAUACAGGGACGGACAGGACCCUGAGUCCACGGGCCCCUGGGUGAAUAAACACAGACCCUGAGUAAACAUGUCGUCUUCUCUGUACGUCUCUCUGAUGGUGGACGUUUCUCUGAUGGUGGACGUCUCUCUGAUGGUGGACAUCUCUGACAGGACUGUGGCUGAUCUGAGACUGUUCCACUCUUGGCCAGCAGGGCGGCGACACAAACUAAAACCUCACACUGGAUUUUAAAGGAGCAGUUCAGAGUUUCCUUCAUGUUUUAAUCUGUUGACCUCACUUCCUGUGAAAUCAUGAUGAAGGUCAAAGUGUUCAGUUUGCUCAUCGAAGAGUUAAUGGGCUGAAACGUGGAGGAAACUUUGCUGUGAUCCGUCACAAACUAUAUUUAUUUAGAUUUUUGUUUCCUCGUCACACUGCAGUCAGCUGAUUACUUUUUUAAGUUAUAAUUUAUCUGUUGGUGAGCGCAGCAGAAACACUUCCUGUUGAGGUAUUUAUUUAGUAUUUAUGUUUUGUAUUGAAGAUAUAGACCUUUUUUUCUGCAUCAGAGAACACUGAACAAACUGCAGACACUCUUUAGUUGUUACCUCCGUCACAGAUGAUCCAGGUCACAGAGUAGAAACCAGCUGGUGUGUAUGAAGGGAUGAACAUCAGCUGAUCGCCUUUGAGUUUUUACACAGAACAAAUAAAAGAAACUUCAUGUUAUCACCUGA